CGCCUUUUGCCCUGUCGUGACGCUUCAAUCGAGGGCGCAACCUCUCUGCCAAACUUGAAGAAUUUUCGUGCUGUCGUGUCACUGCUGCUGUCGCGCGGCACCCUCGCGCCUUCUGUCUGGAUACUUUACUGCGGGGAAACAAAAACAGCAACGCCCUUGCCUCGAAGCCAUCCAUCUACAGCUAGACUCUCUGACGUGGAGACCACGGACAACUGUACACCUACUGCCCCUCGGUCGCCUCGACUGAACGCUUCCUCACUCCAAUUUUUCAUUUUUCACCUCUUUGCAACAAUGGCUGAAUCACGGGAAGAUGUGUAUAUCACGCUCCUCAUGAGCGACUCGUACCUGCCCGGUGCAGCAGUCCUGGCCCAUUCCUUGCGAGAUGCCGGGACCACGAAGAAGUUGGCCGUGCUCAUCACCCCCGAGACGCUCUCUGACGAGACUGUCGAAGAACUCAAGGUGCUGUACGACUAUGUGAUUCCAGUGGAGCGUAUACGCACUGCCAAUACUGCCAAUCUCUACUUGAUGGGCCGUCCUGACCUAGCAUACACUUUCACCAAGAUUGCACUAUGGAAACAGACUCAAUUCCGCAAGCUAGUAUAUCUCGACGCCGAUGUCGUUGCCCUGCGUGCUCUGGACGAGCUGUUCGACAUUGAGGCCCCGUUUGCUGCUGCCCCAGACAUUGGCUGGCCAGAUGCCUUCAACAGCGGUGUCAUGGUCAUCAAGCCAGACCUGAGUGUAUACGAGGCUCUGCAGGCCAUGGCAGCCGCUGGCGAGAGCUUCGACGGCGCAGACCAAGGCUUACUCAACCAGUAUUUCGAGCACCGCCCCUGGCAACGCCUCAAGUUCACCUACAACUGUACCCCGAAUGCCGAGUACCAGUGGGAGCCCGCAUACCGUCACUACAAGAACGAAAUUGCCGCCGUUCACUUCAUCGGCAAGAACAAGCCUUGGACGGGCAACCAUCCUGGUGGCAGUGGUGUAUACGGAGAGCUGGUGGCGCGAUGGUGGGCAGUACACCAGAAGCAUUUUGGAGAUGGACAGAGAGCUGGAACUCUCGCGAACCCCUGGGACCCAACCAAGUCCGGCCCCCCAUCCCAAUCAAAGCCCGAAGCCGCCAACUUCCCGAACCAGACUUAUGGUUUCAGCGACGACCCUUCACUUUUCAGAGCCCCAAGUGCCUAUCCAGAUGCUCCCAAGGACAUGUGGUACCAAGUACCAGAGACUAAGCCACAACCUGCUAACCUGCCUCCCCCCAUCUUUCCAUGGGAGCAGGCUGCCGAUAGACCCCAGCCGACGCGUGUCUUUGCCGAAGACCGGUCGCCAGAACCCACUCCUGCUGUCGAGUUACCAACGCACCCCUUUUCGACUACCCAUUUCGACGGCGAUGACAAGACAGCAGCUGAGGCUGCCAAGAAGGAACCUUCACCUGAAAGGCCCUCGGGCCAGCAGUGGCAAUCCACCACCGGCAACGCGUGGGAUAACGUUCCAGGUAUCGACAAUUAUGUGCGCGCCGUAUCCGACCUCAAUGGGCAGCGUGGUAAGAAUGCGGCUCUCCAGAAGACGACGGGUACAGACGACAUCGGCUCGCCCACGAUUGAGCGAGGUCGUCGCGAGAGCCUCAUCAUCACCGACUUUCCUUCUGCUGUCGAGCGGCCAAGCCUUCCCGUAACUCCAGCCCCUGUCCGCCGCCCCAUGUUCUGGGGUGAUGAGAAGAACAAGACGGGUGAACUGCCUUCUGCGACAGGUGUGCCUGACCAGACCGAAUGGAAUCCCGAGGAGAAGCUUGACCAGUUACGACGCUCAUCCCUAAUUGAAUUUGAGCACCUCAAGAAGGACGAACACCCUGACCCGCCACUGCGCGAACUGCCAGAACACUCUGUCGGGGAUGCUGCAAAGGGACCUGACGCUAGUGAUGUCCCGGUAGGCGAGCAGGUCAAGGUCUGA